AGUGUCUCACAGCCACUGCUAUUUCGACAGUCUUAGCCUGGUCGAUGUGACGACUACAACACAAACGCUUUGAGGUACGGUACGCGUGCGCACGUUGUCGUCGGACGGUUAAAAAGUUUUAGUACUUCGGUUUUAUUGGUUUGCUAACAGAGUGUGUGCUGUGCGCGUAUGUACAUAUGUAGUAGUGUAUACGUGUGCUCGAAUGUGGCUCCAAGUCGGAGACGGUGUACGGAACGAGUAUAUACAGCGUUGCAAAGGAAGUCGCAUAGACAACGCAACGAAACAGAGAAGUGAUAAUUUUAAUUUAAAAAAGAUAAUCAAUAGAAAUAUAUUUAGUCAAGAAAAUUGAAUAGAAUACAUAUUGUAUUAAACAAAGCGUGAUACGAGGUAAAUUAUUGCAAAGCGAUACCUAUAACUACCUACGUUAACCACCUCUAACAAGGAACUGAAAAUAAAAUCGAAAAAAUAUAUUGCACGCAACAGCUGAAACAACAAUUAAAUAUGUGCAACAAUAAAAUAAAAUAAAAAAUUCAACAGCAACAAAAUUAAUUUAUAUUUGGCCAAAUUUUAAUUAGAUUACAUAAAAAUCAACACGUCCGAUUAGUAAAAGGAGCGGUCAUAAAGCAGUGAACAAGCAUAAAAUUGGCAGCGCAAUAAAAACAAUACAAAAAUAGCAGAGACGGACAACAAUUUACGAGCUGGAUCUUUCCCGAUAUUUGGCAAAUUCAACGACAAAUGCGCUCAAUGAAUAAAUGUGCUUAUAAAUCGGCAGAAAUUUAAUACUUAAUUUGGAAAAAAUUACUUUUUAUAUAUCAGGAAAAAUUAGCAAAAUGAAGCCAUUCACACAGCUUGUCUAUGCGGCGCUGCAUAUAAUCACAAUCACCACAUUGGUCACACAUGGUGCACAAAUACCAACUGCAACGAAAGAAGCCCUAGCCGAAUUGGAUGCCGCCGAAACGUCCGAUUCCUCCAGCACAACGAAACCAAACAUUGAACCCACUGUACGGAUAAAGUGUUUGAGCGGUUCGAUGUUGAUAACAAUCAAAGAUGCGCCGCUAAACCAUGAGACUGGCCUAUUUAGUGGCAUGAUUUAUCCAAAGGGACUGUCGAAAAAUUCGACAUGCCUCACUGAAUAUAGGACGACGGCGGCAUUGAAUUCUUCAACACCAUUGUCCUGCAGCCACAUCUGAAACUCAUUACCGAUGCGGGUCGUGGCUAUCAUGUGCGUUGUUCGUACAAGAGCCGUGAUGCGGCGACCAGUGCGCCAAAUAAGAAGCAUACACAACGCCGCAAAGCUAACAGUGGCAAGCAUGCGCAAAAACCACAAGCAUAUCGUAGCGCUGAAACGGUGGCGGCGGCCGCUGCAGUGGGGGCGAGUGGUGAUCGCCGCGAUUAUGGACGCUCAUUGGAUAAAUAUCGUGCCACUGGCGAUGAAUUCGAUCAGGAAGAUGUACUCGACGACGGCGGCAGCGAAUAUAGUUUGGACGAGGGCAAUGAUGAGAGCUUGAAUGAGAUACCAAUGCCCGGCUGCCAUAUGAAAAUUUACAAUUCAGAGCAUAAAAUUGCUGACGAUGUGAAAAUUGGCGAUCCGCUGACGAUUGUCAUCAGUAUUGACAAACAGGAGCUAUACGGACUGCAUGUGACCGAUUGCAUUGUGCGUGACGGUUUGGGUUGGGGCGAGCAACGGCUAUUGAGCGAAGAUGGUUGUCCUAUGGAUAACGAGAUUAUGGGCCAAUUCAACUAUAGCAGCGAUCAUUUGGCGGCCAAUGUUACCUUCCCGGCACACAAGUUCCCCUACACCACAUCCGUUUAUUAUCAGUGCAAUGUGCAUUUGUGCGCUUUGCAGGAUCCCGAGUGCCAAUUGCCUCCAGCGUGCAGCGGCAAACGACCCAAACGACAAACUAACAACGAUAAUAAAGACGAAGACGGCCAACCGGCCACCAUCGAAGUCUACUCCGGUCUGUAUGUGAACGAAAAUGUUGAUGUGUCCGAGAGCGAUGAUGAUACAGUGCUCAAGGAGCGUACACUCGAGGAUGCGUUAUGCGUUUCGCAGCGCACCUUUGCCAUUGCCAUAGCAAUUGCCGGUCUCAUAUUGAUGUUGGCCGUCGUUGCCGCCGUAUUAUGCAUUAUGGCCCGAAGGAGCACGAAGAGUGUGUCGAAUUCGGGCAGCUCCAUCUACAGUGGUCCCUACACGAAUACGGCGUUCUCGCAUAGCAGCUAAAUGGAAUGAACACACACACACACAAACACACAAUACAACAAAGAUGUGAACACAAAGUGAAGAUACACAUUCUCGAUUAAAAAGAUACUUCUUUUAUAUUUUUCCUUUUUUUUGCGGACUUCAAUUUUUUUUUUAAUUUUGGUUUCACACACAACAACACACACACACACACACACAUACACAUGAACACUCAAAGUGUUUUAAAGCAAAAGAAAAAAAUAAAAAAUGAUUUAGGCGGAAUUUUGAGAAAUUUCUUGUACACUGCCGCUGCAAAUAAGCGCAGUUCGUAGUAGUCAUUGUGUUUAGUUGUUAAGGUCACAAAUAUCAAUGAGCAACAAAUAAGUGAAAAUAAUUAAAAGCAAUAGUUUUUUGUAUAAAAUAUGUUAAGGGCAGAGCAUCAGCAAGAAGAAAAAUAAGCAAUAGCCCAAGAAGCUACAUCUAGCCUCUCCUACGCAAUUUCGCUACUCGCAUCUGCUGCUUUUUUUUUGCUCUGACCCAAACUUGAGCUGCCCAUAAAUAUGCAAUUAAUUAAAUAAUUAAAAUAAUUAAUGUAUCAACUUUAAGUUUAUAAGUAAGCCACGACACACGCUUCCUUUAGAGAGUCUUUAUACCCUAUACCAUAUACACUCACGCACACAUACAUGCAUACUUACAGUCAGUAUAUGUAGAUAGCGCAGAUAUUAUUGGGCAAUAAUGAAAUAAAAACCAAAAACAAAAACCAGAUGUGAAUUAAUAAAAAAUAAUAAUUUUAAAAUAGUAUGAAAAAUAUUUGCCCUCUAAUAUCGCAAAGGUGCAACGCCUAAAAGUAUGCCACUUGUCAUAGCGCAUGCUUGCAGGCAACUCCUUUGUUCAGCUAAUACUCGUACUAAGUAGUUGAAGAAAUUUAAUCGUAAAAUUUGAGAAUAUUUUUGGUGGUGGUCAAUUUGCAACAUUUAAGUGUGUAAGUUUAAACGCUUGGUUGGCGCGCUGCAACAAAACAGAAAAGUGGGGCAAAGCCCUAGAAAUACUAUAAUUUAUUCUU